CAUAACUCAGGUGGUUCAUGUAAAAAAUAUGAAGAUCAUAACAAUAUUUAUGUCAUAACAUGAAAGAAUGAAGACCCCUUCUACCAAGUUCGAACAUCUGAAAAAACUAUGGAAUUCUAGUAUGAAGUGAAAGCACAACCGGCUAGAGCAAAAUAAUCCUUAUAAUUCUCCUGCUCGCACCCCUGUCUUGACAUUGGUGUUGGUAACCCUUCAACUUAGUACGAUUUAACACAUUUACCUUGUGCUUCAUGUAUCAGAAGAGGGUUAUUCAACGGUUCCUUCUUGGUGUUAUGAAAUAUCAAAUCCUACUUUUUUGUUUUUGUUUUCAUGGAAGUAGUUGAGUCUACUGAGUUUGCAGUUUUGUGCAAUUCCAUGCACUAACAUACGUUGAAAGGGAUUCACUAAGCUGACAGAGCACGAUGUUCGCUUACUAGUUGUAGGCAAUGGGGUUGUAUAAAGUGUUUGAUAGAAACUCUUUAAAUCAAUGGUGAAGAAUGGAGCAAGGAAGAAGAUAUAACAAAUGAAAUAAAAAAAUACGAAAUAGAGACUCGGGGAACGAAAGAUAAUCCGCUCAUACUCAAUGUAAAAAUGAAAAGUGAUUUUGAAAAAUAUAAAAAAACAAUUUUGUAAAUAUGGUAAAGAAAUGUUGGUACGCGCAACAAAUUUGCUAGUAGCGUAUAGUACACAUGAUUUACAAUGAACCCCUUCAUCACCCACUUCUCAAAAUAAUAUCUUCGCGAGCGUAGUUCUCGACUUGAACUUAAUGAUACCUCUUAAUCGGUAACAAAACUCAGGUGUUUCGUGUAAAAAAGUAUGAAGAUCAUAACAAUAUUUCUAUCAUAACAGGAAAGAAUGGAGAACCCUUAUAUCAAGUUCAUACAUCUAAGAAUCCCCAAAAUUCUAACAUGAAGUGAAAGCAUAGCUGACUAGAGCAAUAUCCCAAAAGAUCAUUAACAGAACAAAAAAGCUACAAAAAAAAAAUACAUCCUUAUAAUUCUCCUGUCUUUUAAAAUAUUUUAUUUGCCUAAAAAGACAUGGUAAUCACUAAUCAGUGGUUGUAGUGGGCAUUCAACAAGGUGUCACCUCUUUAAAUAAACUCAUUUCAAUCCACAAGACAGACAACGAAUCUUAAGUACACAUAUCCCUAAUGCUCCUGCUGAAGAUUUCAGAAUCUGGGGUCACGAGAAGUCAGGUAUCUAUACAGUGAAAUCGACCUACCAUUUUUGGAGGAAUAGACAGGAAUUGGAGUAGGGCGAGCUAUAUACCUCAAUUAACUGGGCACGCUUCCGAGACCUCCCAAUCCCACCAAAAGUGAAGUUCUUUGGCUAGAAAUGGAUACGUAAUAUUAUUACCACAGGGGCGAACAUCCUAGACAGAACAAAGAGAGGUGUGAUGAAUGCCCUUUCUACGGGCAGACGGAACCCAACCCCACCUCUUUCAAUAAUGUGGCUGGGUUCGUCGUGUGUGGAGACCUAGUUUGCUAAAUCAUCUUUUCGAGAAAGGAGCAGAUCUUACUAGUGAGGAAUGGAUGGUCUCAUUGCAAGAAUCAAAAAACGGGUGAAGCAAUUGGGCAAUUCCUGGUAGCAUUGUGGUUCUUCUGGAAUGAGAGGAACAAUCAUUUGUGGAAUAAGAAGAAAAUGGAGGAAUAUGAGAUAAUGAACAAAGUAGAUAGAUGGUUGGGAGAAUACCUGGAACACCAAUCCCAACCGGAGACGUCAUCGAGCAGACAGGUGCUGAGGUGGGAACCUCCUCUCUCCGGAAAUUUCAAGAUCAAUGUCGAUGUUGCAUGUUUAGAAGAGGAAGGAACGGGCUUUGGAGUGCUGGUUAGGGAUCACAAUAGCAAUUUUUACUGUGCAUCCAUUCAAUGCAAAUAAAAGCGCGAUUCUACCUAGAAGCGGAAAAUGGGUAAAAUCGUAAAACGUAGAAUCAAAGCGUAAAAUCGUAAGUUUUUGACACACCCUCUAAAAUAGAUUAAGUACAACAUAUAAUAUGUAAAAUGUGAGUGUGUAGAUUUUAGAUAAGUGGAUAACUACAUGAAAUUCAUAAUUAAAAUGUAAUAUCUAACACAUAAACUAAUUUGUGUUGACUCAAAAGUAGAGAAAACUCAUUGCAUCUUAAUAAUAAGCUCAAAAACGUAGAUCGUAACACGUAAACGAGCAUGAGAAUCCAAAUUCUCAUAAGCUCGUUUGAGUUUACAUAAUUACAUACGAUCAGUUACCCAUAAAGUUUCAUCGUAACCUAGGAAAGAGCCACAUGUGAAGAUUAAGGGAGAAGACUGAUAAAAGAUCAACGGCUGUUGAGAAUACCAUUAGGUGUCUUUUCAACCUAAUGUGAAGCCUCUUAUUUCGACACUAGUUGUAGAAAGAGUGAUGAAUCAUGUUUUCCUUUUUUUAUUUUUUACUGAUAUGUCUCAAAAAUUACAUAAUUUUUUGCCAAUUAGCACAUUUUAAUGAGAUGAUCAAAAUCGUAUAAAAAUGCUUCAGAAUCGCGAUUUUACCGAUUUUAUCGUUUUUACCAGUUUUUGUGACUAAGCGAUUUUAGGUAGAAACUGAAACAUAUUGGUGGCCUGGAUACGUAAAAACGUAAGUUUUUAUGUUUUAAUGCGCGAUUUUGACUGCACUGCAUCCAUUCGAAGAACUCGAAUCCAAUGGAAACCCGAGAUGGCCGAGAUCAAGGCUGUCAAUUUUGGGAUUGAAAUGACAGAAAGAUGGGGAGUAAUGGAAGGAGUGGUGGAGUCUGAUUGUCUUCGUGUAGUUCAGCAGGUGCUAAAAGAGGAUAAUGGAAUGACAAGUACAAUGUUCUCAUAUGUUGUACAUAAUCCACCAGCGAAUUUAUUUACACAUUUAUCUGUACAAAAUUUGGUUUAGUGAUACCAUAGUCAGUCAUCAACUACUUUAUGUGUGUUUUUACGUUUGUAUCAUACAUGGAGUAUUUGGUUUAAUUAUGUGUUGGUGUUGUGGCUUGGUGCAAAUAAUGAUUUACAUUGCGCAAAAAAAUGUUGCUACUGAUGUGAAGUGGUGAAGGAUUGUGAGUCUUCUCCAUGCAAUAGGUAGGGAGACGAGAUACUGUCACAACCCCAAAAGGAUUGUCAUUUUGACAAUCUCCUCUGCCCCAAGAAGAUUUUUUGGGUAUUGAGACUUUUUUGUAUUAAUUGUACUUUGGGAAUUAAAACAAAUACUAAUUGUAUGACUUUUUUAAUUUAAAUCUUAUAUUAAUUACAUUUUUUCUCCUUGCCUAACACAAUCCCUUUUCCAGCACCGUCUUUUGUCUUCCGACAAUUUUUUUUUUUUAAACAUAUUCUUCUGGUGGACUUCCUCUGCCCGACUCCCUCCGACCACAUAGGAAAAAAAACCCACUGCAUACACUUUGAGAAGGUACCAUUGUUGAAUAAAAAAGGACAAUUGUUGAACAAAAAAAUAUAAUUAUGCUAAAUAAACACAACUCAGAAAAAAGCAAGGUUCAUGAAACCGUACCGGAGGUUAUACCGAAAAAGUGAACUGUAGGGUAUUUUGUACUAAAACCGUGGUAUAACUGUGUUUGAACUAUUUCCUACCGAUAAAACAGCCUAACAUUUUGGGUCUGGUAUCUGGCAUUUCCAGUCUGACCGACGGUACGGUAGGGUUGCCUAAACCUUGGAAAAAGGAUACCACUACUGAAUAAAAAAGUAUAAUUUCAUUAAAAUAAAUGUAUUACUACACUAAAAAAUUAUCACUGAUCCAAUUAUUGGACCACUAGAAAAAGUAUGAUCAUAUUUAAAUAUAUCAUUCCAUUAAGAAGAGGUACUACCUGAAAAAUAGUACCACUUUGAAAUAAUGAAGGGGCAAAGGAGGU